AUGAGGAACAACGGGUGUGAGGAUGGCAAGUUUUUUUCCGGAACUGGUAAACCAUGGCCAUGCCCAGGGCCAAACGAUAUCAGCUGCUGUGUCAAAUUCGCCGAUAUGAAUAAUGGUACAAGCACCACUUCGUCAAUGCCUUACACUUCAUCAAUGUCCACGACAUCCUCAACUUUUAUGACCUCCAGAACUAGCUCACCGAGCACAUCCUCCGCGACUUCCUCAAGCGUACCAAUGCCAGCGCACACAAGUCUAAGCGGUGCCCAAAUCGGUGGAGUAGCUGCCGGAUGCGCUGUCUUUGCUCUGUUAAUUAUCCUUGGAGCCACAUACUUCUUUAGGCGUCGCAAGGCAUCAGAGUCGCAGGGAGAAAAACCGGAUACGUCUGAUAGCGGAAUUUCAGAAAUGCCAGAUUCCGCGGGUGUUGCUCCUCGUGGGCCAAAGGCAGCGGUUGUCUUAGGUGAACUAGACAGCAAAGAAGCGAAUGAACUGGACAGCAAGGAAACGAAGAUUGAUAAAAGUGCUGCUGUGAACCGGGCCCGAGAACUGGAUUCGACUCCAAUUUCAUCCCCUGUCGAGCUUGAUUCGUCUCCUAUCGAGCCAAAAGAGACGAAGGUGUAA